AUGGCCACAGCACCCGCACAGUGGAAUUUAGAAGUCGAUGUUGUCAUUGCCGGUUCCGGUUUAGGAGCCAUGAGUGCAGCAAUCGUUGCCCAGGACAAUGGUCUAAAGGUGGCAAUCUUAGAAAAAGCCCCCAAAUUAGGCGGUGUGUGUGCCUACUCUGGUGGUGAGGUCUUUGUCCCCUGCAAUUACAAAAUGCUUGCCGAGGGCACAGAAGAUAACGAAACAGAAGCCUUUGCCUAUUUAGAUUUCUUAGCUGGCGGUUAUGCCAACAAAGCCCUACAACGUAUUUUAUUUGAUAAAGGCCGUGAAGCAGCAGAGUAUUUAGGCGAAAAAGCCGGUAUUGCCUGGAAAACCAUCAAAGGCUUUCCCGAUUACCAUUACCCCCAUGCACCAGGUACCCUUGCAGAAGGCCGCUACCUAGAAGUUGAACUCUUUAAUGGCCCUGACCUAAAAGAAUGGCAAAAAAAGACCUAUUUAACCCCACAUAUGCCGCCCGGCAUCAACCAUGACACCUUGUUUGAAUGGGGCAGUGUUUCCUGUGUUACCAAAUGGGAUUUUGCUCAUAUGGGCAAACAAAUUGGUGCGGAUCAACGGGGGAUGGGCCCGGGUAUGAUGGGCUAUUUCGUCAAAGCAGCGCUGAUUGACCGCACAAACGCACAAGCGUUUGUCGAAACUCCCGUGCGAGAACUCAUUACAGAAGGCAGUCGCGUCAUUGGCGUACGCGCCGAAGCUGCUGAUGGCAAUGACUUUUUUGUCAAAGCAAAUAAAGGUGUACUGCUUGGUGUGGGUGGCUAUGACUGGAAUGAAGAAAUGGCGAUUCAAUUUGAAGGACUGCCAGAAUGGAAAUCGAUGUGUCAGCCUCAUCUACAUGGCGAUAACAUUGUCCUUGGUGGUGAAGUUGGCGCAUCCCUUGGUGGCGUACCAAGCUAUAACUUAGGUAUGUUUUUUGGCUAUACCAUCCCUGGUGAAGAACACGAUGGGCACCCACUAUGCCGCGCUUCAUGGGAAGGCGGUUACCCCCAUGCCAUUUGGGUCAACGAUGAAGGCAAGCGGUUCUGUGACGAAUCCUUCUACCGUGAAUACUUACCGAAAGUCCAUGGCUGGGACGGGGUCAAACAACAACAUACCAACUACCCCCCCUACCUUAUUUUUGAUAGCAAUUACCGCGAAAAAUAUAGCUUUGCCACCUUUUUACCCGGUAUGCAAAUCCCAGAUGAAAUGAUUGUCAAAGCCGACACGCCGCGGGAAUUAGCAGAAAAACUGGGGAUUGAUGCCGAUAAUUUUGUUGAAACGCUAGAACGCUUUAACAGCUUUGCUGAUGGUGAAACAGAUCCAGACUUUGGUCGUGGCACCUAUCCUUGGGCUGCCAAGUUUAUUGGUGACCGUGAUCGCCCUAACCCCAAUAUGGGCCCACUCAAUAAAGCACCUUAUUACGGUAUUAAGCUGAUUCCAGUUGGUGUUGGUGUCAACUGUGUUGGUCUGAAAACCACAGCCACUGGCCAAGUACAACAUGUACGUGGUCAUGGGAUUGAAGGCCUGUAUGCCUGUGGUAAUGCGGCAGCACCUCUAGAUACCGGGGCUGGCUACCAAAGUGGCCUGUCGAACUUACGUAAUAUGACGUGGGGCUACGUUGCGGCACAACAUAUGUGUGGCAUUCUCUAG